GAUUUCUGAAUGGUCAGUGAAGAGUUGAGUGUAUCAAAUAAAAUUUGUUCGCACAGACGACAUGAAUAAAUUGUCGAGGUUCACAUUUAGUUAUACUCAUAUUGCAAUCGCCACAAACAACAGUUAACUAUGCAGUACACCAUGUGCUUUCUGACCUGCUUUAUAAUACUUAUCUAUUCAUCAGUAUGUGUGAAUGCGAAUAAGUUAAGUAAAAUCAGCUUGAAUCGAGAUGGACUAUUCACUGAUUCUCGAGGAUUUACAAAGUUAUUUCGAGGCUUCAAUUCCAUCAGUAAAAGUUUUCCAUGGUACAAGAUACAGGCAUUGAAUAGAACACAAAUGAGAAUGUUUAAAGAUUGGGGUAUCAACGUAAUUCGACUACAAGUAAUGUGGAGUGGAUUAUUUCCAGCUCGAUCAGUAAUCAAUUCUACAUACUUGGAUCAAAUCGAGAAGAUAAUCAAGUUGUCUGGUGAACAUGGAAUUUACUUAAUAUUAGACAUGCAUCAAGAUGUGUUAUCAUCUCGUUAUGGCACAUAUGAUGGUAUUCCAUUAUGGCUAAUUGAUCAGUUCAAAAGACCACCAGCUUCCCUACAGUAUCCUUGGCCAUACAAGAGUCCUCCGGAUUGUGAAAUGUGUAAUUAUUUGACUUACGAAUGUGCCAGUGCAGCGCAACAGUUAUAUGACAAUGUAUCGAGUUCCUGGAAUCACUGGGGUGAUUUCUGGGAGAUAAUAGCGAGACGAUUCAAAGAGUUUUCAAAUGUGCUCGGUUAUGAGUUAAUUAAUGAGCCUCCACCGGGUAAUUACUAUGCCAAUCCACUGUAUGGUCUAUCAGGUUAUUCUGGUCGAUAUAAUCUACAACCGGUUUAUGAUUACCUUGUUGGACGAAUACGUGAACACGAUAAUGAUAAACUGAUAUUUUAUGAGCCUGUCACAUAUGGAAUAUUCCUUCCUUUCAAUGCAGGGUGGCUAGGUACAGGAUUUCAGCGUGUACCUGGAGCGAAUGACGACAAAUCAGCUCCAAAUAAAAGCGUACUUGCUUAUCAUUAUUACUGUUGGGUUCUACAGACAGACGGUCCAAAAGCGGAUAUGCCACUUUGGAAGAGGUUGUUGUGUGAUGAGUUCCUUUUACCGGAUGUUAUAUCUAAUGCUGUUAAAGCUACAAAAAUGACUGGAGGUGGUCGCUUCUUAACUGAAUUCGGUUUAUGUGGAGAUGAUGGAAAUCCGAAGAGUGUGAAUACAAUUGAAUGCAAUGCUGUGCUGGAUGAAGCUGAUAAGAAUUUCGAAUCAUGGACCUACUGGGAUGGGAAUUUUAUAGAUGAUAACGGAAAUCCAAUUAAAAGUCAGGUUCAAUCUUUCAUUCGUCCUUAUCCGCAAUCAACAAAAGAUUGUGAACUGCUGAAGGAGAAUCGAUGAAAUAAAAUGAUGUUCAGAUAUUGGGAUCAAAAUGUUAUUUUCGCUACUUUCAAAUACUGCACCUAAAUAAAUUUCACAUGUCAAGCCGUCUAAAGUGAAAUAAAGAAUAUUGAGAUGUUGAUGCUUCCUGAGGUUUCAACCCAGUGUUCUUGUUUACUUCUACGCGCCUUAGAUUCACUACACACCAGUAAAUUAGCUGUAGUAUUUGCAAAAUCUUUGUAUUCGUCACAAAAUGCACCACGUACAGAUAUUCCGCUUAAUUUAUUGCUUAGUAUCAAAAAACAAUACUUCCAGAUAAAAUUCACACAAUCCUAUAUUUUUAAUAAUAAACAAUUUAUAAAGAUACUUAGUGCGAACAGAUUCUUUCAGUGAUUGUUAUGUGAUACUGUUGAAAUAACAGCACUGUUGAUCGCAAUCCACUGUCGAAUAGGAAUAAGAGAAUAUGAUUGGAUGACGGGUUGCAUUUGUAAGAUGUAAGAAGUAAGGUAUAUGAACCUGUGGCUGAAUUUUACAGUACAUUAAUAAUUUCCGUAAGAUUCACACUUUUCCAACUUUUGCGUGUGUUCUCCAUUUUCGUCACACUACUGUUUUAUUAAUAAGUAGCACAAUGUUUCAUACGAUAUCUGUCAAACUGGAGCCUAUCCCUGCAUAAGGAACAUUUAAAAUCUCUCAUCCUGUUUUCCUCUUUACUCCCCUCCUCCACUUGUACUUAUUACAGCUUGAAUGAUUGUUGCAAUACAAUCACGUCUACUAUGUUUUGCUUCUGUUCCUUCCUUUUCCUCCUCCUUUUUUAUCAGGUAGACACCUGAAAGGCAUGGUCUACACUCAUCAACAACCUACACCUCACUGAAUUCGAUACUUUGCUUUAUAACUCCACCAUCUCACAGACUAGGAUUGUGACCCUACAUAGGCUUACUUUUGUAUUUUUCUGUCUAGUACUAUACGCAAGCUGACAAAUCAACCGAUUAUCUAAACACAUACUGUAAUUUGUUCCUAGUGCUUAUGAAUAUGAUGAUUUUAAAGCUUCAGUAACAUUAAUUUAGAAUAUUUUGCUUGACUGAUUUGUUCUUUGUAAGAAAAGCGUUGACAAGAAAUAAAAUACUAAGGAUAAGGAUAAGGUAUAAAAGGUAGAUAACAGCCAAUGUAUUUAAAUAAAACUUGGCUUUUUGUCGUCGAGUUGGUGCUAUCAGAUUGAUGUUCCCUUGAUUGAACUUAGUCAUCUAUUUUUACAGAUAUUUGUUAUCCAGCUAUUUACCAGGAGAUUUCUCUUGAAUAGUAAAUCCUGCUCACCUUGAUACACUUUCCUGUCUGUCUUCACUUCACUGUUACAGUGAUUUUAAUAAUAUUUGUUUACAACUAGAAGUAUGAAUAGUGUUCACAUUUUCACUCUAUCAUGUGUCCGAGUGUCCGAUUGAAUCAUCCAAUUCACCUUAAAGGCCACCCUAACAACAACUGAAAUAACCAAUCAUACUUCUCUAUUU